UCUGUUUGUGUAUUAUUGUGUGAAAGAGAGUAUAUAUAUAUGGACUUGAGUUCGUCCGUGUUUGUUGUAGAAAGAAAAUGUUGAGCAGAAUUGCAUCAAUUCUGUUGAUUGUAAUUUUGGCCUUAUCCUACAAGGCCAUUAAACCUCCAGCCCCAAGAACAUGUGGUUCACCGGGUGGUCCACCGAUAACAGCAACAAGGAUAAAGCUGAGAGAUGGAAGAUAUUUGGCUUACAAAGAAUAUGGUGUUCCAAAACAAUCAGCCAGUAAGAAGAUUGUAUUCAUACAUGGAUUUGGAUCUUGCAGACAUGAUACAGUCAUAGCAACAAACCUUCCAUCUGGGUUGCUUGAGGAAUUGGGAGCAUAUAUAGUGUCUUUUGAUAGACCAGGGUAUGGAGAAAGUGAUGCUGAUCCAAAAAGAAGUCCAAAAAGUUUGGCUCUUGAUGUUGAAGAGCUUGCAGAUAAUCUGGAAUUGGGACCCAAGUUCUACGUGAUGGGAUUUUCUAUGGGUGGACAAGCUGUUUGGGGUUGCCUCAAAUUCAUUCCUCACAGACUUGCUGGGGCAUCAUUGUUGACUCCUGUGAUAAACUACUGGUGGCAUGGAUUUCCUUACAACAUGUCCGUAAAGGCCUAUUAUGAGCAACUUCCACGAGACCAAUGGGCACUUCGAGUUGCUCAUUAUGUUCCAUGGCUUACAUACUGGUGGUUUACUCAAAACUGGUUUCCUACUUCAAGUGUAGUACAAGCCAAUCCUGCUGUUCUUUCUCCCCAAGAUUUGUCCGUUGUUUCCAACUUCGUUAAAAAAGAACAUCCAUCACAGGUGAAGCAACAAGGUGAACAUGAAUCUAUAUGCCGUGACACCAUGGUUGGUUUUGGAGCCUGGGAUUUUGAUCCACUUGAUCUUGAUAACCCUUUCCCAGAUAAUACAACCCAAGUUCAUCUAUGGCAAGGUACUGAUGAUCGGCUUGUCGACGUUACACUGCAACGAUAUAUUGUUAAAAAACUUCCAUGGAUUCAGUACCAUGAAUUAGCAGGCGCUGGACACUUGUUUCCAUAUAUUGAAGAAGUGAGUGCAGCUAUCAUCAAAACACAGUUGGUGGAUACAGAAUAGUGCACGGAUGAAGUUAAGCUACCAUUGUUGAUUUUGGUAAUGUUGUAAAAAUUUUGUUAAUAAAAGUGCAGAUUGGAAGUGGUACUUUAAUAUUUACAUUCACCAAAAUUUGAAAUAAAUAUGUACUAGAGUUUAAUUUAAGAUGUGAACCUAUUUAGCCUUCAGCAAAGAGGAAUAAAGAAAUAAAACUCAGAUGAAUUCAGUAGGA